AUGGACUUCUUUAGUUUCAUAAUCUCCUACUUCGCCUCAAAGAAGUUGACUUUAAUAACAGCCUUCUUAUGUUGGAAGCCAGAAGAUGUAAGUGAGCUAUUGCGACAUGGUCGUGAAGCGGGACUACGAGUGCGCGUGGUCGGCGACUUUCGACGGAUUCCAGAUCUGCCGCCUUACCGCACAUUCAGAGAAGGGAUGCUGCUUGACGUACGAUGUGAAAAUGUUUCUCUUGUGCUGGAUGAAGCAUCACAAACACGUGCUUUCAAUUUACGACAUUCUUGGCUUCUAAUCGAUGAUUCGUUUUUCAAUGUAACAAGUGUGGAACGUAUUUUAUCCGACACUCUGGUCCUGCCUGACGGAGACGUAUCAUGGAUGUCACGGGACAACAUGGUAGAUGUGUACCGUGUUAAAAGUGACCAAAAAUUGGUGGUGUCAGAGCUGGGAUUUUGGGAGAGACAACCAGAACUUGAAAGACUUUGGUUGAAAUUGCUCACUGCGGUGGCGAGAAGAAAGAAUCUGAAUAAUGUUUAUUUGGACUCAGCUACCAUUAUAACUCAACCGCAAUAUUUUAAAGGCUGGUCUGACCUCAGCAAUCGGCAAAUUGAUACUUUCCCAAAGGUGACCUACCCGCUGCUCAUGCUUUGCGGUGAAGAUUUAAAUUUUAGGUUUAAUCUAAAGCAAGUAGACUUGUACGGAGAGGAGCACAACGGCACGUUCGACGGGCUGGUUGGGCGCAUGCAGCGCGGAGAGCUGGAGGUCGGCAUCACGUCCAUGUUCAUGCGCUCGGACCGCUGGCGCGUCGUGCACUACUGCGCAGAGACCGUGGAGCUCAAGGGUGCAUUUUUGUUCCGUCAACCAUCGCAGUCCGCGGUGUCGAACGUGUUUGCGUUGCCGUUUAGCCGCGGUGUGUGGGCAGCAAGCGCGGCCGUGUUCGCCGGCGCGGGCGUCCUCCUCGCAGUGUUCGGGCACGUCGCGCGGCGGCAUGUCCUGGACUCCAUGGCGCGGCGCCUAACGCUGCCGGAGAGCUUCACUUAUGCUAUUGGCACUAUUUGCCAGCAAGGGUCGGAUUUAUCUCCACAGCUAUGGUCAGUACGUCUACUGAUGUUCUGCACUCUGCUGGCAUCGCUCUUUGCCUUUACUUCAUAUUCUGCUAAAAUCGUAGCGAUCUUACAAGCUCCGAGCAACGCACUGAAUACUAUUGCCGAUUUGACGCACUCGCCCAUGGACAUGGGAGUGCAAGAAACCACCUAUAAGAGAGUCUAUUUUGCUGAGAGUAACGACCCGGCGACGCAGGCGCUGUACCGGCGAAAGCUCCUGCCGCUUGGCGAGCGCGCCUACCUCAGCGUGGUGGACGGCAUCGCACGCGUGGAACAAAGCUCUGCAUAUGACAUAAUUAGCCAGACGUACACAGAACGUGAAAAGUGCGGGUUAAAGGAGAUUAAGGCGUUCACUCUGCCCAUGGUGGCGGUGCCGCUGCGCAAGCAUUCCGGUUAUCGAGACCUGUUCGCUGCGAGACUUCGAUGGCAACGCGAGGUGGGUCUGAUGGACCGGUUCCGGCGUGUGUGGAUGAGCUCGCGGCCCCAGUGUGACGCGGGGCGCGGCGGUUUCGUCAGCGUGGGGCUGGUGGACGUGUUGCCUGCCGCGCAGGCGCUGCUCGCCGGCAUGCUGCUCGCCAUCCUCGUGCUGCUCGCCGAGAGACUGCUCCAUGCCGUCAGAACGCGCUCUGUGACUUGUCAUCGAUGUAACGCUAUG